AUGGAAGAGAGGAACCAGACCAGCAGCUUUGAGUUCCUCCUCUGGGGACUCUCAGAUCGGCCAGAACAGCAGCGCAUCCUCUUCCUAGUGUUCCUGUGGAUGUACCUGGUCACGGUGGCUGGCAACCUGCUCAUCAUCCUGGCCAUUGCCACCGACGCCCGUCUCCACACUCCCAUGUACUUCUUCCUUGCCAGCCUGUCCUGUGCAGACAUCCUUUUCGUUACCACCACUGUGCCCAAGGCCCUUGCAAACAUCCAGGCCCAGAGCAGGUCCAUUUCAUAUGCAGGAUGCCUGACCCAGCUCUACUUCUUCUUGACUUUCGGGGACAUGGACAUCUUUAUCUUGGCCACAAUGGCCUAUGACCGCUAUGUGGCCAUCUGCCACCCUCUCCACUACAGGAUGAUCAUGAGUCCCCGCCGCUGCACCAUCCUGAUCACUGUCUGCUGGAUCCUUACAAAUCUUGUUGCCAUGAUCCACACUUUCCUCAUGUUCCGACUUUCCUUCUGCUACCAUAAAAUCAUUCCUGACUUCUUCUGUGACCUGGAGCCCCUCAUGAAGGUGUCUUGCUCUGACCCUCGGGUCAAUGAGCUCGUACUCUUCUUCUUCGGUGCAGCAGUCAUUUUAAUCCCCUUUACACUUGUCCUCAUAUCAUACACCCGCAUUGUUAUAGCUAUUCUCAGGGUCCCCUCUGCCCAGGGGAGGCGCAAAGCCUUCUCUACCUGUGGGUCCCAUCUUGUUGUUGUUGGUCUGUUCUUUGGGACAGUAAUCCGGGCUUAUCUGUUCCCCUCGUCCUCUUCCUUCAACUCAGUAGAAGAGGAUACAGCAGCUGCUGUGGUGUACACAGUGGUGACUCCCCUGCUAAACCCGUUCAUUUACAGCUUGCGGAACAAGGACAUGAAGGGAGCCCUGGGGAGACUUCUCAGGGGACAAGUCUCCUUCUUGAAAAGCCAUUGA